GCCACCGCGCACUCACCAACCCUGGAAUUUUCUACGGUCAUGGACAGACAGCUGCACACACAAACCCAACUCGACCACUCCCACUCCCACAAUUGCUUCCCUCUCCUCGCGACAAUUGUCUCCUCCUCCGAUCCCAACCCCAACAACCCCACGCGACGACCGCCUCCAUUAUUCCCACCCCUCGCUCGCCGCCGGGCUUGAACCUCUCCCCGCACAUGCAUGCCCAUGCUGCCACGGCCAGCUCCAGCGCCUUAUGCACAGCCGUAGCCGCCAUAGCGCACCCACCACCACCCAUCUUCCUGGCCUGAUCACCACCUCGCUGCUAAGUCGCGUGCGCGCUUCGUCGUCGAUGAAGUCGGCCACCUCCCUCCUCCUCGGCGCCGCGCUCGCCACCGCCUUCUUCCUCCUCUACACGUCCGUGGGCCGCGACCUCGGCGCGAGGACGCCGCCGGCGCCACGGUGGGCGCCGGAGAAGGCGGCAGGCGGGGCCGAUCGGCCCCAGCAAGAGGCCGUCGUCAAAGAGGUGAGCAAGGGCGCGGUCGCCAGAAGCGACGGCGGCGGCAGAGAUGGUUCGUCGUCGUCGGAGCAGAAGAAGCAGCAGCAGAAGAUCGUGAUGCCCGUCAACAAGCAACAGAAACAGCAUGACAAGCCCCAAGAUCUGGCCGAUCUACUCCGGCGAGCCGCAAAUGCAAACCGGACCGUGCUUAUAACGGCGCUCAACGAGGCAUGGGCGGCACCGGGGUCGUUCCUGGACCUCUUCCUGGAGAGCUUCAAGCACGGCGAGAACACCGCGAACCUGGUGAAGCACCUGCUCAUAGUGGCCAUGGACAAGAAAGCUUUCGACCGGUGCAACGCCGUGCACCCCUUGUGCUACUGGUUCAGGGUGGAGGGCAUGGACUUCGCCGCGGAGCAGAAGUACAUGAAGGGGGACUACCUGGAGAUGAUGUGGAAGCGGAACCGCUUCCAGCAGACCAUCCUCGAGCUAGGCUACACCUUCCUCUUCACGGACGUGGACAUCCUGUGGUUCAGGGACCCGUUCCCGCGCAUACCGGAGGCGGCGCAGGUGGUGAUGUCGUCGGACUUCUUCGUGGGCGACCCGGACUCGCCGGGGAACUACCCGAACGGCGGGCUCCUCUACGUCCGGUCCUGCGCCGGCAGCAUCGGGUUCUACGAGCACUGGCAGGCGUCGCGGGCGCGGUUCCCGGGGAUGCACGAGCAGUACGUGUUCGACAAGAUCGUCAAGGAGGGCGUGCCCCGCCGCCUCGGCACCAGGGUGCAGUUCCUCGACACCGGCCGGUUCGGGGGGUUCUGCCAGCACGGCAAGGACCUGGGCAGGAUCGUCACCAUGCACGCCAACUGCUGCGUGGGGCUGCAGAACAAGCUCUUUGAUCUCAAGAAUGUGUUGGAGGAUUGGAAGACGUACAGGGCGCGGGUCGCCGCCGGGAACACGGGGUACUUCUCGUGGACGGUGCCCGGGAGGUGCAUACACUGAUAUUUGAUUAGUUGCAAAACACAAAUUGCUUGAUUUUAUUUUCUUUUGUAGAAUGUAAAGUUUCAAAGUUUUUUCGAAGUUGGAGAGAAGCUGAGACCGUGCCAAGAUUUUCUUUUUUUAUGUUUGUUUGAGGUUUUUUACGGUAUAGUAUCAUAUACUACUCAACUUAAUGUGUAGUAUUAGGUUGAUUUAAUGAUUGAUAUCAUGGAGCUUUAAUUCUGA